CUCCCGGUUUCCGGGUGCGGUUUGGCGGCUGGGCAGUUAGUGGACGGCGACCUGCGAAGUCUGUGCCGUAGAGGGUUGUGCGGGCCAGAGGGUCACGGGAGGGGCCGGGAGGCGUGGAGAAGUUGCGCAGCGAUGACGGGAGGUCGGUAGACUCCGUGGUUACACGGAGUGCAGAGGACAGGACAGGACUGGACGUUCAUGAUCAUAUCUCACAGGACACAAGUUGUACCUACAUCUUAGUUUAAAAUACGUUAUAGAUAGUUUGUGAGAUGAGUGACUUAGAAGAUGACGAUGUCCCCCAGCUUUCUUCCCACGCCUUAGCAGCUCUCCAGGAAUUCUAUGCUGAGAAGAAGCAAUGUGCCUACCCAGGUGGAGAUGACAAAUACAAUGUUGGGAGAAUAGAAGAGAAUUGGCAAUUGAGCCAGUUUUGGUACAGUCAGGAAACUGCUUUGCGCCUUGCUAAGGAAGUGACUGCGGCUGCUGGGGAAGGUGGAAGGGUGGCCUGUGUGAGCACCCCUAGUGUUUACCAGAAACUGAGAGAGCUGCACAGAGAAGACUUGGCUGUAUACCUCUUUGAGUAUGACAGAAGAUUCUCCAUUUAUGGAGAGGAGUUUAUCUUCUAUGAUUACAAUAAUCCACUGGACUUCCCUGUAAAUAUUGCCCAUCAUAGUUUUGACAUUGUCAUAGCGGAUCCCCCCUAUCUUUCUGAGGAAUGUCUCAGGAAAACCUCAGAAACCAUCAAGUACCUGACUCAGGGCAAGAUUCUGCUGUGCACAGGUGCUGUCAUGGAGGAAGAGGCAACAAAACUUCUUGGUGUGAAGAUGUGCAAAUUUAUUCCAAAGCACACCCGGACCUUGGCAAAUGAGUUUCGCUGUUACGUGAAUUAUGACUCUCAGCUAGACCAUGAUGUGUAAAUGUAGACAGUGUAUAAUGCAGGACAGGACACUGUGUGACAUUCCCCUCUUUAUUUUCUUAGUAGGUUGUGAAGCUAUGCACUCGGUCAUCACACUUUUGGAUAAUUUAAAAUUGACUUAAAAAAUCACUCAGUAUUGUCCUUGGCUGGCUUGCUCAGUGGUUAGAGCAUUGGCCUGUGGUCUUGGGUUUGGUUUCCAGUCCAGGAUGCGUACCUGGGUUGCAGGUUCAAUUUUUUUCUCUGUCCCCCUCCUAAAACUUCCACUCUCUAAAAGCAAUAUAAAAAAUGUC